AUGAAAGCUUUUACUUUAUUUAACACAGUUGUUGCCCUCGGUGCUACUGCUCAGGCAGCUUAUCUUGGAAACCAAUUCAAGGACCAAGUUGUAUUCACUUCAGAUGACAAUGCUGCUGAAUUUCAAUUUGAAACCUUUUUUAAGCAAUUGGGUACUUCUCCUUUAGAUUUGGUUACUGCAUGGGCAGAUAUGCAAUCUGAAUUGACUCCUGCUCAAAUUGCAGCUUUAAUCCGCCAGUAUCAAACUAAAGAUGAAAAACCAAAAAAGAACACAUUCAAUGAUAUUUCUGCUGCUUCAACUUCUGAUUUUGAAAUAUUAUCGAAUGAGAAAUUUGCUGAUUAUUCUUUAAGAAUCAAGGAAACAUUUCCGGAAAUUUUAGGCCUUGACACUGUCAAGCAAUAUACCGGGUAUUUGGACAUUGAUAGUCUCAACAAGCAUUUCUUCUAUUGGUUCUUUGAAAGUAGAAAUGAUCCAAAGAAUGAUCCAAUUAUUUUAUGGCUCAAUGGUGGUCCAGGAUGUUCUUCUUCGACUGGUUUAUUCUUUGAAUUGGGUCCAUCAUCCAUUAACCUGACUUUACAACCAGUUUAUAACCCAUACUCUUGGAACUCCAAUGCAUCUGUUAUUUUCUUGGAUCAACCAGUUGGUGUUGGUUAUUCAUACACUGGUGGAGAACAAGUUAGAAACACUGCUACUGCUGCUAAGGAUGUUUUUGUAUUCUUGGAGCUCUUUUUCCAAAAAUUCCCUCAAUUUAUUCAAAACAAGUUCCAUAUUGCUGGUGAAUCUUAUGCUGGUCAUUAUAUUCCUGCAUUUGCUUCGGAAAUCAUCAAUAAUGCUGAUAGAUCAUUUGAAUUGGCUUCAGUUUUAAUUGGAAAUGGUAUCACCGACCCAUUGAUUCAAUCUGGUUCAUAUAAACCUAUGGGAUGUGGAGAAGGUGGCUAUAAGGCUGUUUUAACUCCAGAACAAUGUGAUCAAAUGGAAAAGGACUAUCCAAAAUGUGCUAAAUUGACCCAGUUAUGUUAUGAUAUCCAAACUGCUUUGACUUGUGUUCCGGCUCAAUACUAUUGUGAUUCUCACUUGUUUCAACCAUAUGCUCAAACUGGUUUGAAUCCUUACGAUAUUAGAAAGGACUGUGCCGACCAAGGAGGUAAUUGCUAUGUUGAAAUGGAUUACAUGGAUGAUUACUUGAAUUUGGAUUAUGUCAAACAAGCAGUUGGCGCUUCAAACAUUGAUAUUUUCACCUCAUGUGAUGAUACUGUCUUUAGAAACUUUAUUUUAGAUGGUGAUGAAAUGAAACCAUUCCAACAAUAUGUUGCUGAAUUAUUAGAUCACAAUGUUCCUGUUUUGCUUUAUGCUGGUGAUAAGGACUACAUUUGUAAUUGGUUGGGUAAUUUAGCAUGGGCAAAUAAAUUAGAAUAUUCUGAUGGGGAUGUUUUUAGUAAGAAGGAUUUGCAACCAUGGAAACCAGAUGGAAAAGUAGUAGCUGGUGAAGUUAAAAACCACAAGCAUUUCACUUUCUUGAGAGUCUAUGAUGCCGGUCAUAUGGUUCCUUAUGAUCAACCAGAGAAUGCACUUAGUAUGGUUAAUACUUGGCUUCAAGGAGAUUACUCAUUUGGUAUUAAACAAGAGUAA